AUGUACUAUUACAACACAAACACAUUUCCUUUGGAGAAGGGAAUUAGGCAAGGAGACACCAUCUCUGGUAAAUUAUUCACCGCUUUAUUACAGAGUGCUAUGAGAAACAAUAAUUGGGAACAUAUUGGAGUCAACAUAAAUGGAGAGUUUCUGAAAUUGAGGUUUCCAGACCAAAUAGUUCUUAUUGCAAACCAGGUGGAUGAUCUAACUUCCCAACUUCUUCAAGACCUUCAUAGUUCUUAUACACGAGUUGGCCUUAAAAUUAACUUAUACAAAACACAAAACCUUUUAUUGGUUAAAAACAUUUUAACUAAUAGUUCGCAAAUUGAACAAGUUUAUACCUAUAAGGAUCUGGGCCACUACUGCCACGAGAUUAAAUUAGGAACAGACAAUCAAACAAUAGAGUCAAUACAGAGAAUAGGACGGACUAACAUGGGCAUCUUGCGGAAACCUGAGGGAAGUCCUUAG